AUGCAAUUAUUGGGCUCACUGAAUUUUUGGAUUCGUUCACCGAAAUCUCAGCAAUCUGAAUGGCUGAUGAUGCAAUUCAGGCUUUCUUUUUCAGGGCUAGCCAUAACGACGAUGUGUAUUGAUUUGGUUGGUGUACAAUACAUAAGAAAAAUACACUAUUUCGGUCGAAAGAUUCAAGAUGCCCGAUCUGCACUGGCCGUCGUUGGAGGGAAGGUUGUUCUUGUAUCCGAGUUAUACGCGAAUUUGAUGCAAAAACGUGCAAGGGAAACCAGUCGGGAUGCGUUUAUAAUCGAGAAUCUUUAUAUAUCAAAACAUAUUAUUCCGUUCAUUCCGUCAGACAUUCGAUGGAUCAGGUAUAUUGAUCAGAACGCAGAAUCGAUUUCAUCCUCAUCGUCAAGUCUUGAGCUGCAUUCAUGCCGGUUUUGUCAUUCUCGAUUCAGCAUAUCUCGCCAUGCAUGA